GAGCAAUGCGAACUUGAGGGGGCAGGCGCUGCAGGAGGGCUCGGGGGCAAAAGGAAGAGCGAAAGUUGCCGCGGUCGACUUGAGCACUCGCGUGGUCGUCGACGCCUCCACUCUGCAUCGCAUGUCCACCAUGGUCUCGGAGGCUUUCCGAAGCUGGGCGUUGUUUUUGAAGGUUGAUAUUCUGGUGGAUGAGGGGCAGACGAGACAGCUGGUCAACGACGCGAGCUCGUUAGCGCACAUGCGGGUUCAGACAUGCACUGUCGGGUUCAGCGAGCUCCUCAAGGCCAUCGCCAUCGUGACGCAGUGCAGUCUGCACGAGGAGAGUGGGCGUCCUGUCGCACAGUUGGCGAGGGAUGCCCGCAUGAUCAUUGUCGAGACCACUCGCCAGGCCCAAGGUAAUAAUCCAGUAUCUGAGCUCGCGCGCAUCAUGGUCAGCUACGUCGCGCCCAAACUUGUCAUGGAGGUAUCCAGGCUACAUGUUGCGCAGAAUGUUGAAGACGACGCUGCGACGUCCACCAUGCAGCAUUGCGCGGGCCACUUCGAGCAGACUGAGGAAUUGGGUUUGCUGCUCGCGGGGCUGACUGGCCCGAUCCAGCGGUGGUCCACUGCUGCAUUGCACCAGAACGUUCCCAUGGUCGUCGAGUCUUGGCAGAACGCCCUGGAGAUCCUGAAGAUUGGGAAUUACCUCAUGGCCCAUGUCUUCUUCAGUGCUUGCUGCAACGGCGUCGUCGAGAUGGGCGCGAACCUUUCGGACAUACUCAGCAACGGCGAGCACCGACGCGCCCAGGACUACAUGAAAGGCUUGAAUGCUUGCUCGGAAGUCAUCACGGAUAUGCACAAUCGCUGGUUCGUCCUCGUGAUGGAUGCGUUGCGAAGGGCUGGCGCCCUCGCCCAGGAUGCAUUUGGCGAGGUCGAGAAGGUGACGUUCGGGUGCGCCAUUGAUAAUGCAAAGGGUCCGUUGGAGGAUUGCGCAGAGUACAUCACGAAGGUCACGGAGAUUGCGAUGGCUAUUGCAUCCACGGAGGCAUCCGGCAACUUUGAGAGCAACGUCAUCGACCUGGCCAUGCUAACCUCUCGCUGGCCCACGCAGCUCAUCAAGUGGUUCGCCGACAGCUCCGCGACCGACCCCGAGGUGAUCAAGCAGACGUCUGAGAAGAUGAGGAUUUUCACGGGCGCCAUCGGUGGCGAGGGGUACCAGAAUAACGAAUGCAACCCAAAGGCCUACAAUCUUGCCACGUGUGGUCUCGUGGGGAAAUCACUUGGCAAGAUCGUGGUGGUUGUUAAUUUUGGCGUUGGUGACGCCCGCAAGGAUGCGGUCGAGAAUGCCAGGGAUCCGGCUGCAUUUCAGAUGCUCACUCGCGAUGCGAAGGACGCCGCUGACAUCGAGCUCGGCAUCGCCUUCGAAGGCGGCGGCGCAGAGGACAUGCAGAAGAUAGAGUACUGUGACCAUCGCGUUGCAAUGAGGGACUUGAUACAGUUCGUGGACGCAGGCUCCUUGGCCCGCGCGAAGGUUGAUUGGCGCGUCAACCUGGCCAACGGGUCGGACAAGCCAACGCCGCAUGGCGACGCCCUGGUGUACUUCGGCAUCGCGAACAAGACACAUGAAUUUGCUAGCAUCAUGGCGUCUUUGCAGCGCGCGCUGCGCACGAGCGCCGGCGGCCCGGCGGCGGCAGGGCUCGACGCUGAGGGUUGCGACAGGGCCGUCUACGUGCGCGCGGUGCUCAGCAAUGCCAUUGCGCAGCUCGAUGGCGUGAUCAACUCGGAUGGCGCGCUGAAGCUGGAGGCGAGCGGACGGCAGCUCCCCUUCGGUGCCCAGACGUUGCGGCCCUGGCUCGUGCUCGCGGGGGUCUUCGCACUGGAGUGCCGCAAAUGCAUUGUGCAGGCGUUGCGCGGGCGCGUCGACAUCUUGGUGGACUCGGCGAAGACCACGAUUCCAUCGCAUGGAGCUGCGUUCAAGGCUGCAUCGAUGGAUGUCAAGACGACCUGCAGCUUCUUCGAUGACAAGUUGGGCCCCGUGAUCACGGCUUACAGCGACUUGCACGGCGGGCUCGCGCGCUUGAGUCUCUCGGCCAACCUUGCGAUGCUGACGCCCGCCGUGGGCGACCGCGAGCUGACCUGCCAGACGGCGGCAGUCGACGUGGAGAUGCUGGCCAAGGGGGAUGGGGGGGGGGCGUCGAAGGGGCGCAGCGCAGGAUAUGGAACAGGCGGGGGGGAUUAA